UUUGGCUCAACGAUCAUGGCCGUCUUGCGCGACAAUGAGUGUUGGCCAUUAGGCGCUCCCGUUCGUCUUUGAACGAUUUUCCAUUUUGUUUUAGAAAGCAACCACAAGACGGAAGUGUUCAUUUGAUGAAGAUGGUUUCGGCCUUACUUCACCUAUAGCGUUCUGGGGAUGGAGUUGUAUCGUGCUUUGUCGUUGAUUUGAUCGUUUUUUCUGGCAAUGAGAGAGCAAAAGGAACCUUGUCAGAAUAAUGGUGUGAAGAGGACAAAAAGACCAUUGUUGCAAGAACUUCAGGAGAGGUUGAGUCACCUGUAAUCAGUUUGGAGGGGUAGACGUCGUGGUGUGCACCUGGGCAGGUCUACUGGAAGUUGAGAUAUUUGCGCAUGCUGCCUGGUGACAAGAUCAGGAAAAUUUUCUGAAGUACUUAGAGCUUUCGUCAUGUUGAAGUCUAGCUAAGCACGUGGUAUUGUUUCCCCUAGUAUAGUAAGUAGCCUUGAACAAGAUGGCGUCUUCCGGAACAACCAGCCAGAGUGAAGAAUCGCGGUUGUUGAAGGCCGCGGGGGCGGCAGUUGAGGCACGUUCGCUUUCCUCAACCGAAAAGCAGGAAGUAGUACAGAAGCCAGCGUCGUCCGAUGAGACGUGGCUUGGGCGACAUGUCCGAGAGCGGCCAGUAUUGACAACAAUUCUGUGGAUACGCCGAGGAAAAGGCUACAGCUCUUGACUAGACGGCCUUAGAAGUGUGGCUGGAUGAACAUGAACAUGUUGCUUCGCCUGCUUUGCAUGAGAGAAGAAUAGGGUUACUUAUGAUACUGCUCCGAAUGAUAAUGAUGUAUAAUUAAAUCUUGUUCAUGGUCUCAUCAGCUGAAGAAAGUAGCCCACAGUCAGGAAGAAAUUUCUUUUUGCUGAGGAUGGUAGAUGCCGUUGAUGCUCGCGGCAAGUGCCGGAUUGAUAGCAUUCAACAAGACGCUGGUGAACGGUCCCUUUCCGUUUGCUAUGCAAGAAAAAAACUGUGUAACAGGUGUAACUCUGUAAUGCAGAGCAUGCAACAGUAGAGUUAAGUACGCCUGUCAUGCGCAUGCCAGACGACCAUGAAGUCCUCUUUUCGUGUGUGUUUUCCCUUACACGCCACGAACUACAUUGGCAGGCUUUCUGUGUCAUGUAGAGCAAAUUUUUGAUGCUGUCAGGCAAAGUCACACGAACACAGUUUUUUUCUUGGAUAUUUACCACCGCCCUGACGUGCUGGCACAUGUUCUGCUGCACUCUGUUCGCCUGGACCAUGUUUGCGUUGCAGCCGGAUUGCUUUCCCACGAUGAAGACGCUGCGGCAGCAAGCGGAUGCGCACCAGACACGGCAGAGUCUGCUUUUCGUGGUGCCCAUCGCGGUGUGUUUUAGCUCGUCCGUGGUGUUCUCCAAUGUUGCGUACAAGUACGCUUCCAUCGCUUUUCUGCAGAUGAUGAAGGAGCUGAAUGUGGGGAUCAUCUACUGUUUCUCCCUUCUCGCCGGGAUUGAAACGGUGCAGUGGCGUCUCAUCCUCGUGCUCACCGGGCUUGUCGGCGCCAGUUACUUUUCCAUCACGGGGGAGGCCGAUUUCGUGCUCCUGGGCUUCCUCGUGCAGGGGGCGUGCCAGCUGCUCGAGUGCACGCGCGUGGUCGCCACCAGCAAGGUACUCUCGACGCUCAGCCUGGGGUUCACGCGCAUCGACGCCAUGUCCUUCAUGCUGGUCAUGUCCCCCGUGUCGGUCCUCUACCUGUCCGUCGUGCUCUGGAUCCGCUGGGACCCCUUGACGCAGGUAUGAGAUGAGUGCACGACUCCCCCUCGUCCCCGUGCUUAGUACUCAUGCAACAUGAAGACCCCUAAGCCUAAUCGGCUCUUUGCCUCUUGGCAUUACUUGCAUGACGCGUUGUUCAUUCUGGCGGCCCAAACAGAAACAGCACGACAAUCCUAUGCAAUUUUUACACGCAAAGCCUCCAUUCUUGGCGACGCUACUUGUAUCGCUGUUCACCACGCAGGGGCCCUACAAAGGAUGGGGAGCAGGGGAGUUCUUGUGCACUCUCAUAACAGGAGCGGUUCGCGGAGAACUUUUCCCUGCUGGCGGGAAACGGGCUGGUCGCCGUGUAUUGCAAGAAAAAAGUGCUACAGUUACACAUUGUGUUGCAAGACCGGCAACACAGAGGACCUUUCUCAUGCAGGAAAUGCUUGGGAGCCUCGUUUCCUUCCUGUUUUCCCUUAUGACCUUCGCAUUACAAGUUUUCUCUGCCACACAGAGAAAAUUUGUGAUGCAGAAACUCCAACAAAUGUGUAACUGUAACACUUUUUUGUCGUGAUACCGUGCUGCUGAACAUGAUUAUUGUGCUGACGAUGACCGCCUUCUCGCCAUUAACCAUGAUCGUGGCUGGAGUCGUCAAAGACGUCGUCAUCGUCUCCGCGGGCGUACUGCUCUUCCACGAAGUCAUUUCCGCACAGCAGUGCUGUGGCUUCACCCUGCAAGUCUGCUGUGUAGCCUGCUACUCCUAUCUGCGCGCGUCGUCGUCGUCGUCGUCCGCACCUGGUGCCAAGGCCGAGCCGCCGAAAGAAGUAGUACGUGGAGAGGAUCUUCACGCGGCGGACGAAGAGACCAAAAUGCUCCUCCGUUCUGGGGAGCACCCGGUCGUGUCGACGGAUGAUGACGGCAGCGGAAGUGCGUCAAGCUCUUCUGGCUUGACUGGCUCUGUCGCGGGCGGGGACCUAGUGGAUCAUCGGCACCAUCAAAUUCGCUCCAACAAAAAAGCGCCGCUGGUGCGCGUCGACAAGGAUUAUGGUACGACGAGCAGUACUAGCCAUGGCAUUUCCGCCGCGGAGCAAGUUUAGACUGAUGGAUCUACUUGCAGUGGUCCUCGUGCAGUUGCCGGAAUGGGCAAGGCAUCAUACCUAGGACUAUAAUUUCCACACGGCAUCCGUAUCUACAAGUAGACGGCUCUUUUUAGUGUGUGUCUGUUUUUUUGAGGAUAGAGCCUUCUUUUUAAUGCAAUCUGAUCAACAUCAAAUGUUUCAACGUACAAGUCAGUGGUGAGAUAGCAAAAGCCCAACGUUCUUUCAGCUUCACAAUGAACACUGAAAAACAAAAAAAGUGGAUGCCAGUCAAGAAAACCAAGAAAGCAGCUUGAUUAUGGCUAUGCGGGUCCUCAACGGAAGUUGGUGAAUUAAUGGAUCUCUAAGAAGCUACAGAUGAAAAAUAGAAGUCGUUCUCCUCUUCGAAGCUGCACAUUGGAGAGAUUCUCGUUGAAGGCGAAGCGAGCGAAAACUAUACCGAUGACAAAGACAGCAGCGCGAGCUGCGGAACAUCAACCCGUAUAA